UAGAACUAGAAAACGGGGAGAUUUCUAGGUCCUCCUAGCUCUAGAAUGAUGAACUGUAGUCUGUCGUGGUGGAACUUUGCCAGGAGGUUUUUUAGCGGCUCAUUCUCUUGAGUUGUGCAGUCUAAGCUGGAGAGGGUGGAGCUGGGCUCUCCGUACCUGUGAAAUACAGUGGCCUUUGUCUGUGCUGUGUUAAAACACUUGCUGGGACCCAGACUUCACCUUUUUUGUGUAUGUCAGUAAGCGCUGUGGGUGACUUUUAUUAAUGGUGACUGUGGUGAGAGAGGCAGAAUUUGUUUAUCCCACUGGCAGCGUCUCUGAUUUUGCUCUGGAUGGCAGCUUUUGCACAUGACCCGUGAGAGCUGAGAUCUCUCUAAGUGACUAGCUCAGUGAAGGACUCACAGACAGGAGGAACAACCAAAAACUCGCAAGGUGUGUCUGGAGACUUGAAGGCUGCUGUUCUUCCUUGCCGAGAACUGAGAUCUGAGGCCGAAUAAUGUUUCCAACAUGUCUGUGCAGUCACUGCUUAAUGAAAGAAUUGCCAUUGCUAAAGAAUUGAUCGAGAGAGCAGAAGCCCUUUCCAAGUUGCAGAAAAGGAGAAUAGAAGGUGGGGCAAAACUAUGUGGCAAACUGAAGGCUGAGCUAAACUUCUUGCACAAGGUGGAGGCGGGGAAGGUGGCCAUCAAGGAAUCCCAUCUGCAGAGCACAAACCUUACCCAUCUCCAGGCCGUUGUUCAGUCAGCAGAGAACCUGGAGGAUGUUGUCAGCGUCCUCCAUGUCUUUGCCUACGAGGACAGGUUUGGGGAAAAGCAAACACUGGUGGUAGAUGUUGUCGCCAAUGGAGGUCACACGUGGGUGAAGGCCAUUGGUCGGAAGGCAGAGGCUCUGCAUAACAUCUGGCUGGGGAGAGGCCAGUAUGGUGACAAAAGCGUUAUUGAGCAGGCAGAGGACUUCCUGCAGGCGAGCCGUCAGCAGCCGGUGGAGUACAGCAAUCCCCACAUCAUCUUUGCAUUCUACAACAGCGUGUCCAGUCCUAUGGCAGAGACACUCAAGGAGAUGGGAAUAUCUGUGCGAGGAGACGUUGUGGCUGUGAACUCAAUGGCAGAGCCAUCUACGGAAAACCAGCACCUUAGUGCCAGUGAAUCAGAUGAAGAAGGCCCUGAACUCCUGCAGGUGACCAGAGUAGACCGGGAGAAUUUGGUGGCCAGCAUUGCUUUUCCUACCCAGAUCAAGGUAAAUGUGUGCAAUAGAGUUAACUUGGACAUCACUACCUUAAUAACCUACGUCUCUGCCCUGAGCUAUGGUGGCUGCUACUUCAUCUUCAAAGAAAAAGUGCUGACUGAGCAAGCAGCUCAGGAAAGGAGAGAGAGAGUCCUGCCUCAGCUGGAGGAGUUCAUGGAGGGGAAGGAGCUCUUUGCCUGUGAAUCUGCUGUCCGAGAUUUUCAGUCCAUCUUGGAAACGCUGGGAGGACCUGGGGAGAAGGAGCGAGCCGCGCUGCUCGUGAAAAGAAUCAAUGUGGUGCCAGAUCAGCCGUCUGACCGUGCCUUAGGACUCGUGGCUAGUUCUAAAAUCAACAGCCGCUCUUUAACCAUUUUUGGGACAGGAGACACUUUAAAAGCCAUCACUAUGACCGCAAAUAGUGGUUUUGUGAGGGCAGCAGCUAACCAAGGUGUCAAGUUCAGCGUUUUUGUCCAUCAGCCGCGAGCACUGACAGAAAGCAAAGAGUCUGUUGCCACACCUUUACCAAAGAGCUGCCCGCCUGAUAAUGGACUCUAAGUCAUUAAAUGAGUCACCAUUGAAGUGUUGCAGCUGCUGCAGUAGAGGCAUUUGGAGAAAGAAGAGAGCAACAGUCAUCAUCAUACAUUUUUGGGUGUGCAUCAGUGAAACCAGUAAUUGUAGCAGUGGAAGGGUUCCUCGAAGGAUUUGUAGUAUCUUCACUCAAUUCAUGCUGGUUUUUUUGUUCAGCUGAGCAUUAAUUUAUUCAGGAAGGUAAUAAGAUUUCAGUGAAAAUUGUUAACUGGCUUACAGUAUAUUAAUUGUAUCCAUCCCUAUUAAAAAGUUAAGUAAAAGCACA